AUGCUCUGCGAAGGCGCCGAAAGGAGCAGCGAAACCAAUAACUCACUUGCCAGGAAGGAGAAAGGGUGCCAACUCGGCCUGUCUGAUCGGAGGUUCAAAUUAGAGAGUUAAAAUACCCACUUCCUAUCCUACCAACCUUUUGAUUUUCUUUUUUUUUGUGGUUUUCCUCGUUUUUUCGAUCCGCGUGUUUAUUCAAUUCUCGAAUAAAUUUACUUUUGCAGGCUCCUACCGGAUGAGAUGUCACGGAUAUUAACCUUACUAACCUUUUUGCUUCAACUUCUUCCGUACUCACAAGCCUACGAAAGUUCACUGCCAAUAUCGGGUUCCUGUCAGUCACGAUGUCUGAAAGAAGUAAGCCAAUUCUUUUUUGGAACCAAUCUAAUUAGCCUCGCAUUGCCCAGCAUUGCAUCUCAAAAAAAACUUGACUUUUUGUUCUCUCCUUACCCUUUUCCAACAUCGGGACCUCAAUUAUAAAACUUUAUUGUUUCCCGUGGAGUGGCUUUGGAUGAAGCCUGCCAGAUGCUUUGGCGUGGCUCACAAGAACGGCGGCGCUCAUGAUUUUUAUGUACCCCAGAGGAUGUGACGGAGGUUUAAAUUGGAUGAGAUUUGGAAAAUGUCAAAGCGUUUAAAGCAAUCGUCUGGAACAGCGGGGUCUACUCUUGAAAACCUCUGAAGCCAGAAAUAAUUGGAAUUAAGGAGAAAUCAAAUUUAUCUCAAGUUCUUUGUACAAGUAAAGAGCAUUUACUGUUCCCGUUCUACUGGGAUCCACAUUUUCGCCAGUGGAGAAAAACGAAUAUUUUUAGUUUAAAAAGUUUCAACACGCCGCUCAUCAUCUCACGAACUGUAUAUUACUAUCCAAACUUGGAUUUUUCAGUACGGAUCCCGUAAAGAAGUGCUGAACAAUCUGGAAGAAACCGUCGCCUUCCUCGAGAUCUUUAACAAUACUAACUUCUCCCUGGUAAUUUCUUUUCUUUUGUUUUCUCUUCAAUCAAACUUUUUACAGUGCAAACUCGGAUGCAAAUCUCCGGGGGUCAACGACUUGCCGCUUGGACCUUUCCUUUUCGGCCAAACGGCAUACAACACACUCGUUACCAACUUCCCUGGUAUUACUUUUUGAUUUUCAUCUCAAAGACUUUUGUUUUUUUCAGACAUUCCUCUUCGGGAUGAAUACGUGCGUUCGGUCUCCUUCCUGUGCGCUGAGAACUCAACAGGCUUCGUCCCAAACGACACCAUCAAAAUGACGGGAAAAGUGUUCAUCGACUUGCUGCCAGGGACGGCCAAACUGAACUUGGUGCACAAUAUGGAAAUUGUUGUCCACGACACAGAAAUCCCGUCGGACGAGAGUAUUCCGACGAUUCUCUACCAAACUUGGGUUCGUUUGCGCCAACCUUUGUUUAUAAAGUAAUAAUAGUAAAGAAAAAAGUCCAUUCUUUUUAAAUUUUGACUGGACGUGAUAUGAUUCGAAACUUGUUUUCGGUCGAACAAAAAACUUAUCAGAAACAGUUGAGAGCUUUUUUCUAUAGUUAAAAUUGAUACUGCAGUACCACAAAACUAAAAGGGAAUAUUUAAAACGCAACCUCAACAAACUUAUAAUUUUGGUCAAUUUUCUGUUGGAACUGGUACUACUGCUUCACUAUCGUACAAUCUUUCCUGGAAGCGUGACUUCCCGAACUCAAGGCGCGGCUCAAGUGGCUGCGUCCGUAGACUGAUUAUCUAAGUUGCGGCAGCCUUAAGUGGCCGCCACAAGUAGGUUGUCCUGAAUUUUUCUCAAGAACUCGUAUCCCAACAUCCUCCUAAGACAUUCCGGUCAAAAUGGCGGUGAGAGCGGGAUUAUUCAUGCCGUCGGCUCAAUAUUUGGGUCUGAGUUGUUGAUAGAGCCGAUUCGUCUUCCCACGGUCCCGGUUUUGGCUAGCGCCCAGUGGAGCUUUGUAUUUCUCGAGUAGUCAAAUAGAAAUCGAAAGAUUAGACGAGAGCUUGAGAGCGAGUAAUUUUAGGAGAAUUUAGAAACCUUUGAUGGUUACUCGAGAAAAAAAAAUUUUUCUGCUCACCCAGAAUCUCGUUCAACUGUCGGUCGGCGGUUUUCAAGCACAAUCUCAAAUUUUUCCGAUAGCAAACAAUUUUGUUAUUAGCCGAAACAAAUAUCAAAUAAUUUUUUUUCAAAGUUACAGGGCCGUUUUAACCAUCUAGCUUUUGAAUAGCUUUCCUACUUGUUUUGGCCAAUAAAUCAUGAAAUGGGGCAGAUGUCUCAGGAUAGUUGCAAAUGGUGUGUACACGCGCUCUCACGGCAGCGUCGAGCGGAUUAGUGAAGCCGUUAAAAGCGGUGCUUUUGGCCCGCAAGGUCGUGACACUGCCAAACAUGACAAGUCAAGGGAUAAAACAUGUGUCACACUGAAGUUUUCUCGAGAAUGGACUAAUGUUUGAAAGCAUUCGCUUGUCUUUUAAGUGGACCAACCAUGGUUUUGAAGCAAUUUUUUUGGCAAUUUCUAUGAAAUACAAAAGAUUUUUUUUGAUCUCAGUCCUCGUAGCCAGUCACAUUCGAAUGUUUGAUCUCAGGUGUGAUUCAAAUAAAGUUUGGUGAUCUUCCGAUCAAAAAACCAAUUUCAGUGUUACUCCACCACUUGCAACUUUUCGCUCGAAUACGUGCUGCCAGAAAAGAACUUCACUGAAAGAAAGGAGGCUUUUCAAAUCCGUCUGUUCACUUUUGAUGAAUCUGGUCCGACCGGAAAGAUUGUCCUUUCCCGUUGGUACACCUACGAACAAUUGGUCUACGUCGCCAACGUGCAAUUCCUACCCAUGGAGAAGGUUUCAGUCAAACUCGCUCCGAAAAAUGUUUUGUUCUUACAGAAAUGGCUCGAUGACAAGGCUUCUGUCCUUUUCUUCGUCAAGACACCUUCUCAGUUCGAAAUUCCGGCGUGCCGACUUUUUGUUUCGUAUCGGAAUAUUUUCGCUCCUCGAAGUAUUCAUUUCCCUUACCAGAUGGUAUGGAGCUGUUUUCACUCACUCAAUAAAAGGCUUUUUUCAGGACUCCAGCAAAGCUCUCAUUCUGAAAAAUCUAGAUUUUGAUCAAGAAUACACGCUAAAGCUGGACUACUCGAAUGCCACCGACCGUCUGGCCAAGUUCAGACAGAGCGAGACCCACUUUAACGUCCCACAGUGCAUGCAUAUGAUCAACGACUCCACCAAGUGCGGUAAGUACACUAUUUAUGGCGAUAAGACCUUGCCUUCAACAAAAGAUUCCCGAUCAAUGAGAAACAAGCGCUGUUUGGUAAAGAAAAGUCAUUGUUUUGUGAUGGAAAGCCUCUGAAAGAGGCGUCUUUGUUAUUUUCGGGAUAUCGGUGGCAGAUCUCAAAGUGGAGCUAUUAAUCUUGGUCAGACAUCCAUUUACAUCGGCCCGCGCGUGAGAUGUUCAUUUGAAUCUGUAGAAUGGUUGGGUUAACGGGGUCUUCAUUUUUUUUUUGUGAUGAACGUAAUUUUCAACAAACUUCUUUUUCAGCUCCACCAGCGAUUCCGAAAAUGUCGGCCGUCUGGAAUAGCUCUGUUCCGGAUGUCAAUGUCGUUUUGCUCACUUGGACUUACUACGCAUUCGGUACAGAACUAAAUUAAAUAUAUCCGUGAUACCAAGAUUUUAGACGAAAAGGAUAAACGGGAGUCUGACGAAGUUAUCGCCUACUCGUUGGCCAUUUCUCAUUUUGAAAUUACCCUGAUUCCAUUGAUUUCAAGUGUAUCACUGCAUUGCGAAAAAGUGGAUCCAAUCCGUCGAGACGUUCCUUGGGUAUACUCUGGAGAACUUCAAAAGAUAAUUAUUUCAUUCAGACCCAACGAAAAAGUGCCAUUUAUGUUUCCACUUCGGACUGUGAUUACAUCGCUGAGAUUCGGGCCGUUGACAUCAAAAGACGAAAAAGCAGCGAUUUGAAGAUCCAUGUGAGGAUUGAAUUGAGAGCAACUUCUUAUUUGAGAAUAAUUCAGCUUCAUCGGUACUAUGAAGAGUAUCGGUUUUUCUCGGCGAGCAAUAUAUUCUAUUCUCCUUUGGUACAUAAAAAUUUUUAAAUCUUUAGAAAUUAUUUUUUUUAGCUACUUGCGUUCAUGGUUUUUGCUCUGUUGGCUCUUCUUUGCCUCGCUGCGUUGAUCUUUUUCUCAACAUUGAAACGUCGUCGGCCUUUCACGAACUUACCUAAAAACGUUAAAGUGUCGUGUGACUCAAGUGAAACUCUUUUUUAUUUAUGUUGAGUAAAAGAAAGGUUCAGAUAACCCUAAAGACGUUACCAGGACAGAAGUAAUUGCUCAGUCAGAAUAUUCUCCAGCUUGGCCUCAGCUCCCGGUUUGCGUGAGUUAGACUCUAGGAACUUGAGAUAAUUAAUAAUUUCAGCAUGGUCUAGUAAAUAUGUCUGACGGCCUGGCCAAGUUACCAGUUUCGGUUUGAGCGGAUUGUGAUAAUUUGUGGAAUGACCCUUCUUCCAGGCUGCGGUUUAUCACGAAUACAAAAACACGGACAGAGAGGAGCGUUACAAGUGGAGAGAAAAUCCUGAGAAAAACACUGAUGAGGAUGAGGAAGACGGUUACGAGACCAUCGAUGAACUGAACGAUUCUCGCGAAAGCGAAAAAUCUGCUUAUCGUCCGGUGUGUUAUCGAUACUUCAUAACGCAAAAAAAAUUUUUUUUUUCAGCAUUUUUAUCGAAUUCCGUCCCCUGAUGACCUAAAUACCUUUCUCGUGCUGCCCAAGUUUGCCGCCUUGGCCGAAUUUGAGCCUAUGUAUAGGUAAUUUUUUGAAAGCUACAUUUUUUUUAAUUGAAACCUUUUUAGCGAACCUGUCGAAGAAUUGAAAGUGACCAAGAACGCUGAAGACGACAUUAGCCCAUUCUGGCGAUAUGUUAAGGUUGAGGGCAGUAACCUCAACUCACAUGAAUUGAAGUGUGGUUUUGGCAGUGGUGAUUAUGAAGUUGGAGUUCUUUCUAAGAUGGGAAUUGCAGCAGCGAGUGCGGAGCUGAGAACGGAACUUUGCGCGCUUCUAUCAUUCCAGAGAGCAAACCGACGUCAUGAGAAUAUCAUGUACUUGCGCGGCGUUGCGACAUCAUCAGUGGGCGACUUCGAAGGAAAGAAUGUGAGACUUUGAAGAAUAAAGAAAAUGAGAGGAUAUGAAUUCCUGCAUCAAAAAGUCAAUUGUUGACUUCAGAUUAUUGGCAUGCUGUUUGAACAGUGUCCUGGAGGCACUCUCAGAAGGUUCCUUCGUCGAGCCGGCACAUCUCUGAGAAGAAUUGCCCAAACUACUCAUUAUACCUCUGCGACGCCGAUCGUCCACGGCACUCUCCAGAAAAAGUCCAAUUUGGCGCCUUCACCGCCUUCUUCCGGCUAUAACAGUUCCAAUCAGGGCAGUGGCGCAAAGUAAGAUUUUCGGCAAAAUUACGAAUUUUACUGGAAAAUGAUGCGAAGAGAACUUCAAAUCUUCCCUUUCUUUGACUACCUCAGUUAAAGUUGAAUAAAAAGGAAAGAGAGGCAGAAUUAGCCUAAUUUUCGUAUGACAGUCUAGUGGGAAAGCCUUCAUUUCAUCUUUAAAGCUCCCCAAAAGUUUAUUCAAAAAAGAAAAUUAGGGCUGUCAUCUGUUUAAACUUUCCCUACGAAAAGAUGCGUUUAUAUUUUUUCAAAGAGAAAUCAUAAAGCAAUUCCAAAAACCUUCAAAAAAGGUAGAACAUCACAAGAUUUUUAAAGAGUUUUCUGGUGAAAUUAUCAAAUAUGUAAAACUUCACACUCUAACAGCCUUCCUCUUGGGGAAAUAAUCGAUUAACCAAGAUCUUUACCUCUCUUUUCAGCACGCCUGACUCCUACAUCGAAAGGUCGGUCCACGUCUUGUCAACUCGCUUGUGUCAGUUCGGAGCUAGCAUCAUUUCAGCCAUAGUGAGAAGACUUUUAAUUAUUCGAUUUGCAUAUUUUGUGUUCAGGAGUACUUGCACAGUCAUGGCGUUCUCCACAGACACAUCACUUGCAACAACAUACAGCUAACCAGAGGUUACAUCGAAACGUUGGAGAUCCCCUGCGAUCAAAAAGUCAAGCUCGCCGACUUUGGUUCGAUCCUCUUCUUUGAUUAUUUGUUGAACAUAAUAUUCAGGAUGGGCCUGUGUGCCGAAUUCCUGCAGGCCAGCGAUGCCGGUUGAGAGAAGCGUGGCGCCGCCUGAGGUCAUGGCUGGAAAGGAAUACGAGUCCAGAGGCGAUAUGUUUGUUCCUACAAAAGUUCGAAAAUUACUUUUCUUUCUUAAUUUAGUUGGCAGUUUGGAAUCUGUUUGCUGGAAAUGGGAACUUUGAGUGUCUCCAGUGAGUUCCACCGUCAUUAUCUUCCAUCCGGCAGUGACCUUUUGUGAGGAGAAGAGUGAUUUUAAAGAUUAGAUGAAAGUUUCAGUGACAAAUCCAUGGGUGCCAAAUUCCUCAUUGAGACUUCGCAAAAAUGUGUGGUCUUUCGUGGAAGGCCCAACGCUACAGCAGUCAAGGUUUUGUUUAUAUUUUCAGUUACAAAUGCCCGCGAAAUUGUCUGACGAGCGUUUUGCGGUUGAAAUAGAAAGUUUGAAAAAAAAUUUUUUUUUGUAGUCCUUUCGGGGCAAUUUUGCAAAAUUUGACGUUUUGAUGAACUGAAUAUUUUCAUUUUCAUAAUUCCAGGAACACUUCAAAAAAACUUCCGCAAGAAGUCGGCUUACAGCGUCAGCUCAGGAGACCUCGAUUUAA